CAUCAGGGUGAAGAUCGGAUGAUCAUGAAAACUGAGUGUGACGUAGAAGAGACGUAUGUGAGGGAUGAUCAGCAAUAUAUGGAGGAGGCUGGAAUGACGAGGACUUUCAUAGAGGAGGACACUCCUACAGAGAUCAGCACAGGACACGCCAUGGAGAAACCCUCAAAGGAUUGUCUCACUUUAUCUCCAGGUUGGAAAAUGGAAGACGAGGACAUCACAGGAGAUCACAUAGAGCAAGACGGGAACAUUUCUGAUCUUUCUGAACAUCAGAAAUUGCACGCGGGUGAGAAGAGAUAUGCCUGCCCCGAGUGCGGGAAAAGUUUUCCACGAAGAUAUGACUUUGUUUUACAUCAAAGAUCUCACACGGGGGAGAAGCCGUAUCCCUGCCCUGAGUGUGGCAAAUGUUUUGCGAUAAAAUCAAACCUUGCAAAACAUCAAAAAACUCACACAGGUGAGAAGCCGUAUUCCUGCCCCGAUUGCGGGAAACGUUUUUCACAGAAGGUCCAUCUAAAUUCACAUAGGAUGUCUCACACGGGUGAAAAGCCGUAUUCCUGUCCCGAGUGUGGAAAAUGUUUUACAAAAAAAUCUGGCCUUGUAAAACAUCAAAGACCUCCCACGGGUGAGAAAGCAUACUCCUGUUCUGAGGGCAGGAAAUGUUUGUCACGGAAAUCAGACCUUGCUAUGCAUCAAAGAUCCCGCAAAGGCGAGAAGCCGUUUUCCUGCCCUGAGUGCGGGAGAUGCUUUUCCAAAAAGAACCAUCUUAACAACCAUCUGAGGAUUCACACGGGUGAAAAGCCAUAUUGCUGUCCUGAGUGUGGAAAAUGUUUUACACAAAAAGCAAGCCUUCUACUCCAUCAAAGAACUCACACGGGUGAGAAGGCAUAUGCCUGCCCUGAGUGCGGGAAAUGUUUUUCGCAGAAUUCCCAUCUUAAAAUACAUCGGAGAAUUCACACGGGUGAAAAGCCGUAUUCCUGUCCUGAGUGCGGAAAAUGUUUUACGCAAAAGACAAGCCUUGUACAUCAUCAAAGAUCUCACACGGGGGAGAAGGCAAUUUCCCGUCCUGAGGGCAUGAAGUGUUUGUCUCAGAAAUCAGACCUUGGUAACCAUGAACGAUCCCACACGGGGGGAGAAGCCGUAUUCCUGCCCUGAGUGUGGGAAAUGUCUUCUAUAUGGAUCAUAUGUUGCCGUACAUCAGAGAUCUCACACUGGGAAGAAGCUCACCUUGAUAUACACUUCAGAAAACACGUGGCUGAGCGCUCCUCCGAUCUUUAUCAUGGAAGAAACCCUUUAGUAAGAUUAUUAUUCCCUUAUAAAGUUCUGUCUGGCUUACACUGAUGCCACGUACACACGCUCAUUUUUCAGCAUGUC